AGCGUUGGUCGCGACCGCGAAUGUUGCAAACUUAUCUGUAAUCUUUCGAGAUUACGGCGCUGCCAUGUAUUCGCCGACAGUACCAUCGUGACAACAACGCGAUACGUUGCGCGACAUCGGCUAAAAAGCGGUCCCGACGCCACUGAAGGCGAUGCAAGACCGCAAAUGACGCAGCAAGCGUCCCACAGUAGAACGAGCAGGGAUGAUUUGGCGCCCAGUCCCAGCGGUAGCGGCAGCUCGGCCGAGUCGACCGAGAUCUACCCUUAUUCGAUCGGAGACAAAGAGAUCGUCCUCAGCAAUGGCACCAUCGCCGUCCCGGAGGACGACUUGGUCGGUGCCAAUCCCAACAUUAACGUCGUAGAGUCUAGCGGGGUGCGCAUCGGCCACGACACAGUCUUCAACGGGGACGUCACCCUCAUCCAACACGUCUACGCGCAAGGAGACAGGGGCACCGUAGGCCACACGGCCGAGUUCAAAAAAGAAGACUCCCUCGGAUUCUCGGGCGUCGCGACGCCCCGCUUUCGCCGUCUGCUAAUCGCCUCCUCCGUCCUCCUCGUGGCCGUCGUCGCGGUUUCCGCGACUCUAAUCAUACUCAAUCGAACGGCGACCCUCUCGCACCCCGCCCCCAACCCCAACACCACCCGCUACAUCGAAAACCACCCGGUUUACGAUCGGGACAACUGGGGCGCCUCCGCCGUGGACGAGCCGGCGCCCGAACGCUCGGGGCCCUCGUCGUUGGCCAUAAUAAGCCACACCGCGACGGACUCUUGCGAAACCUUCACCGCGUGCGGCGACGUGCUGCGCCGCCUCCAAGACGACGACGUCGACGGAGGCCGGGGCGAUAUCGCGUACAACUUCCUCGUCGGCGCCGAGGGGGGCAUCUACGUGGGGCGCGGGUGGGGGCGCGAGAACGCCCUGCGCGUGGGCAGCGUCGCCGUCGCUUUUAUCGGCGACUUUAACUUCGGCAACUUGACGAGCGUCGCGGCGGACGCCGCCGCGGCCCUUCUGGCGCGCGGCCUCGACUCGGGCCGAUUGGCUCAAGAUUACCGGGUGGUGGGGGAGAACCAAACGUCGCCGAAGAGGUUCUAUAGUCCGGGAAGGACGUGGUGGCCGAGAUCGUCCGAUGGCCGCGUUAUUUCGACGGCACCGUUCUCUGAUCCGCCGUUUCGUUUGCAAUCGUACUCAUAUAUCAUAUAUACAGGAAAGUUUUCGGUGUUUUUAGACGAGCUCACGACCGGGUCGUCGGGACGCAAAGCGUUCAAGUUCUUCGCCGGGAACCGGACCACCCAGGUGGCGCUGUUGGCGUUUCUAGUUCUGCUCGCGCUCACCUCGGCCACCGUCGUCUAUUUCGGCACGAAGAUCGGCACGCGGGCCGUCGUCCCGGCGCCCGUCGACCCGGGGCACCGCGACGACCUCGGCGCCGGCGUCCAGAUCGUCAAGCGCGCGGAGUGGCUGGCGAGGCCGCCGCUCAGCGAGAUUCGGCUGAAGGAGCCCCGGGACAUGGUACGGAUCAUGCAUACCGGCGGCUCCAACUGCUCCAGCUACCAGGAGUGCGCGACCAAGGUGUUGGCCCUGCAGGGCUGGAUGGUGCAGACCAAGGGCUUCCCCGACAUCAGCUACAACUUCCUGGUGGGCGGCGACGGCAACGUGUACGAGGGGCGGGGCGCAGACGUGCAAAACGAGUGGAUGCACCGGGCGAUCGACAUCGUCUACCUGGGCAACUACCUCGCGCCCUACGACAAGAUGACGAACAAAAUGGAGGAGGCCGGCAAGAGGCUGAUCGCGAAGCUGCUGCGCGAAGAGAAAAUCACGCCGGAUUACGUGCUCGUCGCCCAAAACCAAACGACCAACACCCUCAGUCCCGGUCCCAACAUCUACGAGAAGAUAAUCCGCUGGCCCCACUACGACGCCCGUCUCUAUUUCGACAAAGUGCGAGUCUCCUUAAUGACCUUGUCCGAGACGGACGGCGUCGCGGCGCUCCUUUCGACGACGGACGCCCGUCCCCCGGCCAUCGUCGUCGCGAAUUCUAGGGACGUCCACCUCGCGGAUCGCUACGAGACCAAUUAUUACGCGCCGGUGACCAUUCGCGUGUCUGGCGGCGUGACGUUGCCUCUAGAAAUGGCCGCGUGGCGGCGGGCCAACGCAAAGUAUUGGCGGAGAGGAUGUGCGAUCGUCGCCACCGUCGCCGUCGCCGUCGGUCUAAUCGCCAUUUUGUCGAUCGAGCAUCGAUCGAGCAAGCGAGCGGUCACCUUCCCUAAACCGCCGGCGGACCGAGCCCGGUGGCGGGGACGCCCGCCGUCGUACGUGGACGCCGCCGAGCCGGCGUCGGUCGUCGUCAUCUCGCACACGGGCGGCCCCGGGUGUCGCGACGCCGACGAGUGCGCCUCCGCGGUAAAACAGAUCCAGGAUUACGAUAUGGACGCCCGCGGUUUGCCCGACAUCAGGUACAACUUCCUGGUGGGCGGGGACGCCGUCGUCUACGUGGGCCGCGGCUGGCGCGUGCGCAACGAGCUGCCGCUGCGCACGGCCAGCGUACAGUUCGCCUUCGUCGGCGACUACUCGGCCGAGGCGCCCGCCGACCUGGCGCUCAACUCCGUCAAGGGAUUCCUGUGGGACCACGCGCAGUCGCCGGACGCGCCUCUGCGCCGCGACUACGUAAUCGUCAACGAGAACCAAACAUGGCGGACCGACAGCCCCGGCGAGCACCUCUACGAAGCGGUCACCCACUUCACCAAGUACCUGGAGGGAGUGUUUUACGCCGACGACGGCGGAAAUGAAACGACGCCGUCAUCCACUAACUAA